AUGCCACGAAGUCAACUUUCUCAGCGACAUAACAUCGAUUGGUUGCUCGAAAAUGAGUUUUUUGAUGCUGAAUUUCGUCGUUUAUUCUGGAACCCAUUCGCUGCCGAAGCGAACGAACCCCACCGACCAGUCAAGACGUCGUGCAAACGAAAACGUGCACGAAAACGAUUCACAGUCACUACCGGUCCGAAGCAUCGAUGUUCGGAUUGUGCCGCCAUUUUCCGUUGGCCCUCGGACCUUAACUAUCACCAUGCGUAUCACCACAGUGGUGUGCAGCUGAACGUGUGCCCCGAAACGACGUGCGGACUAAACUUUCAGUUUCCCUACCAGCUCACAAACCAUCAGCGAACUACCGGGCACCAUGACUGGCAGGUGGUGUGCCAGGAGUGCAGCAAGCGGUUCGGAAGUCAACGGUUUCUCGCACGCCAUACGGUUGCCUCGUGCAACCGGUACAAGCUGGAAUGCAAGAAAGGAGACGAGCUGUAAGAGCUGAGUGAGUAGAAGAUAAACAAAAAAACACAAAUAGCCAUUUUUACUCGUAA